AAUAAAACUCAAGAAAAAAAGAAAAAAAAGAAGUAAAAUACACAAGAAAAAAAGGUACGGCACAACGGCGAUAUGUACAAUAGUCAGUUUAUGGCACGUCCAUAUCCCAGGUUCCGGUGUGAAAAGAUGGAGAUAGGGUAUGGGUCGCUGAAUUGAUAUGUUUUUACACUAAGUCUCACGAAACAGGUAAAGAUUUGUUCGGGAUAUAAAAUUGCCAGAAACCAACGUUGGAUGGGGCCACGACACGAGAAAAUUUUAAAAAAGCUUAAUGUAGAAAACCUUUGGUAAACCUGAGCUGUUAAUCAUAGUUUGCACUGGACCAAAGAUAUGGGAACAAUAGAGAGUCUGGCAUAAAAUGCGGCCACUUUCAGCGCUAUUGUGUAAAAUUUAUUGCCGCCAUGUCUCAGCAUGAUAACUAUGAAUUUUUAAUGAAUGACCUAGUUUGCAUAAUUGACGAUACAGCGAAGGAAGUAAGUGAACAAUAAAACUAUGCAAGAUAGAGAGACAAUAGAUCCGUGGGGUCUCGAAACUUGUUUUCCGAUCAAUGGAGGUUUGUUUCAUGAUGACAUUGUUAAUCGAUUGGGGGUAUUUUUCAUCGUUGUAGUUCUUUUCUCAUCUUCUAUGUACCCUUUGUAUCUGAAAAGUAAUUUCGGAAAAGUAGGAUGUCCUUAACUCACUAAAUCUAAUAGAAUUCCGAUAAAUGUCUCUUAAGCUUGGAUCUAAAUUCGGACGUCGUUUUCGAGCUUUUAAUACUAUUAGGAUUAGGCUACGGGUUCCAUACUUACCAGUAGAAGAUAAAAACAUCAAUGUGCAAAUCUCUAAUGUUAGUAAAUCUUCAACACGUAGUAGUUUUUCACUUUUGAACAAAUAUCAAAUAUAUAAUUUGAAAAUAGCCCGGGCAGCAGUGAUAAGUUAGGCAGGAGUUGAAAGACAAAUAGCGUUGUAAGGUGAGAAAUCAGGUUGUAGGCCGACAGCUAAUGUUAUAGGGCAUUUCAGACAGUGUAAUUUAUCAAGAUUCAAUGUAAAUGUAAUCUAGUAUGCCAACACUGCAUGCCUGUAGUACAUCAGAUAAAAUGUUUCUAUAUUUUCGCUGUUUGAUCAAGGCAACCCUUCACUGGGUUAGGCCCUCGACAGCGAAAUGAUCUACUAUAAGACAGAGAAGAUGAAUUACGUCGCCUCUCCGACUCCUGCUGCAGAAGAUUCUCUUCCUGAAUACCAGGACUUCUCAACAGUGAUGCAAUUCCUCAAAGACGACGCGUCAACAGAAGAGGUUUUUGAGCAAAUAAAGAGGCUCUUUGAAGGUCAAAAGGAAACUUGGGAAAUGCCAGAUGCCGGAAGAGUUUUCUUUCCUCUGCAGCUGGCCAGAUACGAACAGCUAAGAGUACCAUCGUCGUAUCAUUGCCAAGUGAAGCUCCAAUUCGAAUUCCAAUACGGGGAGUUCCAGAUGAACCUCGUGCACCAGGGCUGUCAAGAAGAUCAACAAACGUUGUCAACAACGUUGUCAGUCCACUUAAAACACCAUCGCCUCAACUACUAGGAGUCCUCAAUCACCGGGAAUACGUACUCCGUCCCACCCCCUUUCAAAGGGCAGGGUCGUUCACGUAAAGGCUUAUAGGUUGCGUCUUAUUGCGCAAACCACUGAACUGCAGCUUGAGAAGAUGUGUAUGAGCGACAUUUGUGGUGCUUGGCAAGUUUUUACAUCCAUUUUUCUUCAACCUAUUUAAUACAAAAAAAGCAAAUAGUACAGCCAUUUUGAAUAAACCAGGCAAAAAAUUAAUUUAAAACAAUUGUUCUAAAACGAUUCUCUCCCAACAAAUCCCUGUCGCGUACUGCCGACAAUAUUGUAGAAUCAUUUCUCAGUCACGACACAAGAUAUUCGGCAAGUUCAUUUCUACACCUUGGCAGCGGCGAAACUUUCAUAUGUUACAGUUACAAUUAUUGUUACUUAGUUAUAUGCUCUACUGUACUAUAUUUGCCCUGUUUCAAAAUACACAACAGGCGUUGCAUUUUUUGGGUGUAUGCUAUUAAAUUCACUCAACAUCAGACGCAAUCGACCACUCGAGAGUCGAGACGUGGCAAUCGACCAGUCCAUUGCGAUCGACGUGUUGGUGACCCAAGAUUUAUAGCAAUAAGAAUAGAAAAGGACAAGAAUGAUUGAUUUCUCAUAUCCUUUACAAUUCAAGCUAACAAAUAUACCCGUUCUUCGUUUUCUAGUAAUUAGGAUCUAGUCUGCCGAUUAUUACCAGACAUUUCCUCUUUCAUUGUAUUCACAACACUGGAAAAUGAUGCAAAGGUUUCAUCGCUGGAAUGAAAAAUCAAUUUGUAAUAUUUAUACACUUUGGAAUAUGAGUGCUUUCAUCUCAUGAUUAGUGGCCGUGCGCAAUUUUUUUUCGCCCGUGUUUAAAAAUACAAAAUGUAAUAUUCAAUGAGGCCAUUGCCUUUUUUUCUAGCAUAUUGAUAACGAAUUCAGCUAGAUUCCGGUUACAGACUUGUCGGUAUUAAAAAGUGUUACGAUUCAUCUAUGAACAAUGUUUACAAUUGUUGUUUUGGUUAUCGCAUUAUAUGCUCUGGCAACUGAUGCUUUGCAAUCAGCAGGAUGCGAAAAGAGAUUUUGGGGAAGGUGUUUCCACUUUCGAAUGACCCGCAAAUAGUGAUAUCGGAGAUGUGUAUGCUGUAGGACGUAGGUGGACCUAUUGAUUUUCAACCGGAUUCCCUGAUUUGUGCUGCUGCAAUACACGCUGCUGCAGCUCCAGAUUGGUGUCAUGCAAGGAAUAAACAAUUUUCGGACCUCCUGAAGUAUGCGUACCAAGAUGGCGCACAUCUUGAACUCAGUUCGAUACACAUACCCGACUAACUGCAGCCCGAACUUGGUUGAUAUCGUGGUAGACGAAAUCUACAAGGACGGAACAUCAAUAUGCCUUGCAGCUAUUCAUGAUGGACAGAUAACUGCUGCUGACGGAGGGGACGUAAUUGUGAAUAAACGCCUAGGCCAGUCGGGAUUUAGUGGAAGCACACGUAAUGGUGUCACCAGUAUUAGUGGAGGAUCAGGCAAUGGUUUCGAUUUUUCUGACUGCAUCAACGGAUCUCCUACAAGUUCUCCGUCGACAGGUUGUUCUUGCACUGCGACUUGGUUCGGAGAUGCGUGUAAUAUAAUGUGUGUUGAAGGAAGUUACAAUGCAUCGAAUAAUCCAGCUUGUAUCUGCAAUUCUGGAUGGGUUGGACCUUUGUGCAAUUUUCGUAGGUUUUAUAUUUUACUUAAAAUAAUACUUUUUUCUAAUUAGCAGUAGAUAUAUAUUCAACGAUAUAAAUACAUUUCAAACUGUUUUCAUGAUAUUUAUGGGCACCAAUUCAAAGUUCAUAAGUUUUAAUUUAGACUACAUAUACUCGUCGUAUUUGUCUAUUACUGUGUGGUUAAUAAAGGACUCUAUUAAUGACCCGGAUGUAUUUGAUGCUGC